AUGCGGGACCGCCUGCUGCGGGGCAUGUGCGAUGCCCGCUUGGGCAACGGAGGCAGCCACUACCCCGCCUGUGGCUGCUUCUUCUCUGAUGGUGUGGCGACACCCAAACACAUGGAGGGAUCUAAUGGAGGAGGAGGGGUGGAGCUGGCAGCUUCCCCUCGUCGGGUGGGGGGUGGGGGGAGCAGCAAAGGGGGGCAGGGGGGGCAACGUGACCCCCCACAGAUGGUCGUCCAGAGCGACUUCAGGAAGGUGUCGGGUAUCAGCUCAGAAAUUUUCCGCCAAAUCGAGACGGUCGAGAACGACCACGACGCGAGCACGGCGGCCGCGAUGGACGUGGUGGAGCGUCGGGGCGAGAUGGUCGUGCGGCUGCUCGACCCAAGAACUCUCAGCCGCAAUGGAUACGAGUCCGCCAAACGCUUCCUAGCACUGCAGACGAGCAAGUACAGCGUGCAGCUCGUGGAGAUCGUGAAGAGACCAGGCCAGACCCUCGGUCUGUACAUACGAGAGGGUAACGGAGCAGAGCGCCAAGAGGGCGUCUUCAUAUCACGCAUUGCCCUCGAGUCGCCCGUAUACAACAGCGGUUGUUUGAGAGUCGGAGAUGAAGUGCUCGCCGUAAAUCUCGUCGAUGUGACGAGGAUGAGCUUAGAUGACGUGGUCAUCAUCAUGUCUAUACCUCGUCGUCUGCUCCUGACGACUAGGUCACGUCGCGGUGCACGACAACCUAUGCAUCAACCCAACCGAUUGGAACCAAAACCUCCUCCUGUCGUCGUGCUCAAGAAAGAUUACGAGGAAGAUCCUCUAGAUGAUUCCACUAGUAAUGGGGACCAGUUGAGGUUAGGAGCCAUGGGACGACCACCUCCUCACGGCAUGGCGCCGCAGCAAGAGAGGUUUAGCACUCUUCCCCGCUACCGACCUCCUGACAUGUCAGUUCUACGAUACGAAGAACCUCUGAUGUCAUACAACAGAGGAGGUCCUCCACCUCAAGGUCCCGCUCCCCUUCCCCCUCACUAUGUCAGCAUGAAGCCCGGGCAGCACCCAAACGUCCCCAUGGGGAUGAAUCCUCCUCACCCUGGGUACCCUAUCAGAGGGGGUCCAGGCAGCAUCGGUCGUCUUCCAGGUCCUGGUGGCAGUCGUGGCGGGUAUGGAGUGCCUCCUGGUCCCGACCACUUGUACCAUCCCCCGCCUCCUGUCAUCACGGAACAGCCCCGCCCCCGGCAUCAUCCCAACUUCUAUCAGUACGACCGUUCUUAUCCUAAGACAUUGGAGUCCCUCGCUGAGAGAAUACACUCUUUUUACGGUGCACCCAAUACCCCUGGGCAUCAGGGUCUAGACCCCCGCCUGGGGUACGGGGGCACGCUGGGCCGCAGCACGGCUGGCCGGCCAAGAUUGGCCAGAACUCUGAGCGACCAGCGGCUGCCAGCGACAGAACGCGAAGCGCUGAGUGACUACGAAGGCAGCAGCGGCAUGAGCGCCGCAAGGCGCUACAAGGCGUGGCAAGAAGCGUCCUUAGCGCCCCUGCAGCAGGCGUACGGCUCUGGCGAAGGCGCAACGCUAGACAGAUACCAGGAGGCCAUGCGACGCCUAAGCGCCCUACGCCAGCGCACACGAUCUGUCGACUACGCCAGCGACACUGAAGUCCUUGCACCAAGACCUCUUGCUGCGAGACCUCGGUCUGCCUCGUCCAGGAGCAACAGUCUUCCCCGCCAACGCCUGCAGAGAGGGGGCGCAGACCCCAUGAUGUUGAGAGGCGGCGUGGGCUUCGGACGCCCCACGAGAGGUGCCCUCGGGCCCGGGCCUCGGAUCGGGUCGUCGGCGCGGCACAGCCUCGCGGGCAGCGAGGACGAGAGCGACGGCGCCGUGAGUGCCCCCGAGAUGGCCAGCGGACACCGCCGUGAUCGAGGCAAGAAAUCGAAGCGUUUCUACGAUGUUGACGAUGAAGCUGCCACGUCCCCUCGUGACGUAACAGAACUUGCCAUACCCUCAUCUCGGCAGCAUGACCUCGACUACCACCUCCAGCAGAAGCGGUUCCUCAAGGAGAAACUAAUGCAAAACACACAACAAAUUCUGCUUGAGAAGCACAUGCAGCGGCUGCAGGAGCAGCAGCACAAAGACCUAUUAUCGCAACAGCUCGAUCAACAUAUUUUCUAUCAACACAAAACUCGUCGGCUGCUAUCAGAAAAGAAUGCAGACGAAAUAUCGUCGUUUACGGAUGGAUCUUUCUGCGAAAAUUCUAGUGACUUUCUAAAUCAGCAACUCGACCAGCACAUCGAGCAUCAAAAGCUUCUCAAGCGGAUCGAGAGACCUGAAAUCGAAAAAAACUUUUUGGAAAGUUCCUUGAAAACGAGCGUCCCGGGACGCCCGCGCGUUUACAGUGACAGCAGCGAUGCCAACACCAGCAGUGCCACUGAAGACGAGACUCCCCAAGGGAAGUCCCCUGUGACAAUCCCCAAUCUCAGUGUUGGAAGUGGAACCUUCUGUCUCCCAGAUGAGGAAGUGCCUCUGAUGCUGCAGUACCACACUCUGCCUUCAUCAUUACUUAAGCACAAGCGGGCUGCAUCUGAAACCGCUGUGAAAUUCAGCGACCAGACGCAGGCUUCAACCAUCCUGUUACCAUCAGAAAUCACCCAGUAUAACACGAAUAUCAACAGCCAGCUUUCUUUCGUGCGCAAAGAUGCGCAAAAGAACAGCACAGGCCGCGCAGUGUACGAAUCGUUUGCUCACGUUCAUCCGACAGGCACAAACCUGUCUUCUGUUGUUCUGGGAGACGUUGUGACUGGUGCCACACAAGCUGUAAAUGCAGACAUUCGAGCUUCUUUGCGAUCUCAAGUGCCCUCUCUGCCCAAAGUCGUGGUGCAUUCUCCUCGAGAUUCUUCGAUUGAUCACCGUACUUCAUAUCCUCUUCAUUUAGGAAAGAGUCUCCGAGUCACGGACCAGAGAGAAUCUCUUAGGAAAGAGAACGUAGAGCAUGUAUCCUCCAAAGCUCCUUCGGGAGAAGAGCCACCACUCAGUGACAGGGAGGUUACUUCCUCUCCUCAUGCCUUCCAACCUACUUCGUCGAAGGGGUCAGCCACCUUCUAUGCUUUAACUUCCCAGACUCUGCCUCGGAACUUACCUUCGCGUCGAGUUACUUUUGCUUCGUCGACUGAGGCUGUGGCUUCCAACCAUGACGUGCAGACUCAUGAAGAAGGCCCCACGACUUCAUCUAGCCACAACAUGAAGCCUUUUGAAAAAAACGUCGCGAGUUCCACGGCCUCCUCAGACGACCUGCCGUACUAUGCACGACGCCUCCACCUCGGUGCUGGCGGCCGUACGUCCGCAGUGUCGGCGCGACAGGACCCCGCGUUGCUGCAGAAGGCGGUGGCCCUCAACACGGGGAGUCUGGAGCGGGGCAGCGCCAUGGGGGCUGGAGUGAGGAGACUGCGAAGUAGCCUCUUGGAGGAGGCCAGGACGGCCGGUGCUGCUGGGGCUCCUCAUCCAUCACCCAACAAAGGCUUGCCGGCACUCUCCUUGCUGGACAUCAAUCCUGCUGAGUUUUUGAAGUACAAGGUUGGCGUGGGCAGCAUAGGAGGCGUGACCGAAGGAGUCUCGGGCAUCCUGUGGGUGCACCUGCUCGCAGGGCGCGGGCUUAAGGCGGCGGGUCGGGCCGAGUUCCGGGACCUGUACUGCGUGCUGGAGUGUGACCGAGUGCACAAGGCCCGCACUGUGGUCCGCACCGGGGACCACAACUUUGACUGGGACGAGACCUUUGAUUUGGACUUGAUAAAUAAUAAGGAAUUGGACUUUUUGAUUUACUCUUGGGACCCUCAGUUCCGCCACAAGCUGUGCUACAAAGGCUCCGUGCACCUCGUCUCACUACUGAAGGAGGCGCCCCUGCAUCAGCUCGCCCUUAAAGUCGAGCCUCGGGGCACGCUCUACCUGAAGCUCAGCUACACGCCCCCCGUCACCGCCUUCAUCAGGUCUCCCAAGCUCAGAAAAAGCGCCGUGUUUGGCGUAGACCUGGACACGGUCUCGCAGCGGGAGUCAGGAGGCUCGGCCGUGCCCCUUGUGAUCGCGCGCUGCGUCGCGGAGGUCGAGCGCCGGGGGCUGGACAUCAUAGGACUCUACCGACUGUGUGGCUCUGCUACCAAGAAGCGCCUUCUUAGGGACGCCUUCGAGAGGAACCCGCGGCUGGUCGACCUCAGCGCUGAUAACGUGCCUGAUAUCAACGUUAUCACUGGUAUCCUAAAGGACUACCUACGAGAGCUGCCUGAGCCGCUGUUCACCAAGUGUCUCUACCAGAUGUUGGUGGACGCCCUCACCGUCAUGCUUCCUGACGAUCCUGAGGGCAACGCCAAGCUCAUGUUCUCCAUCCUCGACUGCCUUCCUAAGAUCAAUAAGAUCACGCUGUUCCUGCUCAUGGACCACCUACGGCUCGUGUCGAGUCAGUCUGAGCGUAACAAGAUGACGACUCAGAACCUGGCCAUCUGCUUCGGUCCAGUCCUAAUGCUGCAGAGUGAGCCGGAAACUAUCAUGGACUUCCAUCAACCCAUCAGCAUUCUCAAGUUCUUGCUCGACUUGUGGCCAUCUAAGUCCGCUCGGGCAGCGGAAGCAGCGAGUGCUCGGAAUGUUGGCUUGCCCCCCAAGCCGCCACCCCCGCUUCUCCCCCGCAACAACCAGCCCCCGCCCCUCCCCACGACCGUUGCCUCCCCAACAUCAUCCCCCGGGGGGUUGGCGUCUUCCAGCCAAGGGGGAGCUCGCCGCAAGCCCCCCGCCCCCCGAUCCCAGCUCAGCAAGGUGGCGCCGAAUACCGGGGGCGGAUCGGGGAGCUCGACCCCGCUAAGUCCGCAAGGCUCCGAGAGCGAUUCCUCCCCGAAUCCGCCUGUUAGCAUCCGGGCUAAGUUGCCAUCGCAGCAACAGCAUCAACAGCCUCCACGAAGUUCCCCUGGCACAUCCCAAUUCAACGCAAUUAAUGAUGGUUCCAAAAAUGUAGUUUCUGGUCGUCAAAAUGGUGGUGGUGCGUUAAGUGGUGGUGGUGGUGUAGCUGAGAGUGGUGGUAGGCCUGGGUUUGGUAGAGUUAAUUUCGGCGGAAACUCUGAUGGUACAGGUGGUACAUGUGAUAAAAAUAGCAGUGGUGGUGGUGGCAUAGUUGGAGGAGUCCCACUGCCUGGGAUGGUCUCGCAGGCACUCGGACACAGAACUUCAUCAGUUACUCCUAGUGGGCCAGACUCGUCUGGUGGCAAUACAUCGGGCUCUAUUACUUCCACUCCGACUUCUUCCAUCACGUCCCCUCCUUCUACCAUGUCCGCUAACCUGCCUGGAGAAAGCUUCUCUCAGUCUGGAGGUAGUUUCGAUACCGACAGUUUCCUGCGAGGUACCUACAGUAGAGUCAAUAUGGCUGCUGAUCACUUCCUCGGUGAUGGCUCAGCCGCAGGUGGUUACAAUAGAGAUGGUCCCAGCUUGCCCAAUGAAGGAGGAGCAACGGCUGUACCUGAGAGCUCAACGGCCGCUGUGACGGAGAACCUGGUAGCCAUUCCACCAAACUCCUCCAUGUCCUCAGCCAGCGGAGGUCCCUUCGCUGCGCCUGUCAGCUCUAGUGGAGGGCCUUUUGGUUCUCUCGGUCUCCACCAAGUCACCAACAUUAGCACAAAUCCGUUCCUGAACGGUCGACAUCUUCUUACAGGAGAUGAAGAUGAAGAUUCUUUACGUUGAGUAAAAGGCUAAGACGUUGACAAAGGCAAAGCAAAGCAAAUUUUAUUUGAGCUCUUGCAACUCCUGGUGCGAGCAUAUUUGAAUGCAUUGACGGAACUUUUCCUUUAUGUGUCUCGCUCCAAAAUAGGUGCUAGCGCUCCAGAUUUGAGAGAAAUACAUCAUUCUUGGUAGAAAUUUACUCCAUGAAGGAAAUAUGGCUUACUAGACAUUGAAAGUCUAAAAAGAUAAAAUAGCUCGACUUGGUCAUCGGAUGCGAUGUAUAUUGUCACGCAUAAUUCUCAACUCAUAGAAUUCGUUUAUUGGUAAUAUACGAUUGAUGAUUCUGGAUAGAAUUCUGAUGUCUAUGCAGACUCCUCAUCAAUCUUCGUUCCCUUAGAAUUCUAUUAUACAAUCAAAGGUGGAACGAGCAGCUUGAGAUCGGCGUCCAGUGUAUGCAGCAGCACACAGAGUACUAAUGUUGUAAUAUACGCUGGAAUGUUCCUCGUGGAGUAUGGGUGUAAUUCGAACGCUAAUUUGUUUAUUGACAGCGUUGAGUGUCAACUCCAACUUUAAGCACUAGCCUAUGACAGACUUUUCUGGCAGCCUCUGCAUGGACUUUUCAAAACCAACAAUAGUGGGUAGUAAACGAUUAGUAUGUAAGUCAAUAUCAAUGGAGAAUUGUCCCGUAAAUUUAUCUCAGCAUUCUGACGCAAAAUAAUGACUGAGGACUCCUCUGUCCAGUUGUAUGUUGCGUAGACGGAUCUUGCUGGUCCGCACGAAGCAACCGAUUCUCCCUGUAAUAUUUUUUUGAUAAAUCAUAUCUUGGGUUGCUGUAUAAUGUGGUACUGAUAGAAAACCUCCAUUUCCCCUUACUGGGGUUGGCUAAAUGCCGAAUUUGAUUUUUUGUAGGCAUCCAAGCGGACCUAUUAUGACUUCUUUAAGAGUUUUCUUACAGUGCGUUCUUAGCCACAGAGAGUAUUUAGAUCAUAGAUGUAUAAAUAACUAUACACUACUCAGUAGCCAUGUUUGUAGAGUGUAACAAGUAUGCAUGCUACUGUGUGUCUUGCAGAUGAAAGUUCAGAAAGUAAUUUGGCAAUGAAACCUUAUUAUAGCUUAUUAAUUUCAAUAUCCGCAUGAUAAUAAUGACGUAUAGUAACUCAUGAACCUUUAUCCCAUCUUUAUCUUUAUUCUUCUGAGCCAGACGAAGCAUAUAUAUUGGUUCAAAGAACUUAUACAAGAAUUUAAAAGCAGACGAUUGCUUUACAUUUGGACGAGGACUUGCAUGUAAAAGUCUGGCUAGAAUUUCUACAGAAGUAGCCAGCAGUUCUGUCUCGUUCUACUGGACUAUCCCUUAGUGAGCUUAGUAUCAAGUCUUCGAAUGAAGUUCUUCAAUUGUAAAGUGAUUAAAAAUGUAAAUUUCCCACUAUUUAGUAAGCGAGUAGUUUCAAGUUGGGCCCGAGCAACAAACGUACGAGAAAUAAGCCAUAUAGACGCAGAUUUCAGGAUGUACAUUUUGAAUACAGUAGAAUAAAAAGCAAUACCGUCUGGUGAAGUUCACGAGUACUUGGGAAUAAAUUUACAUAAGUUCAUAAGCUUGACGUGAAAGUAAAAAUUGACUUAGGUUUACUCGUCUGAGAUGGCAAUGCUCGUGCAGUAGAGGUAAUAAUGAUAUGCAUAGAGCGAGAUUUCUAACAACUAAAUAUCUUGAAUAUAUUAAGUCAAGCAACGUACGAGGAAUUUUUCAUGUCUAACUAACAUUAGAAUAUAGAGGAAGUGGUGCUGACUUCAACCUCUAUUAGGAUCGUUUUGAACGAAAAUUUAAUAAAAACGUAAAAAUUAUGGCUGAAAAUGAGCUGAGAGUUUCAACGAUAUGAUAGAAGACAGCGCAGAAGUUUCACUGAUGCAGGAACAAUUUAAGGUAAGAGGUCCAACGCACUUGUCCUCUGUAAAGGUUAUCCGAGGGUAAAAGGCCGUAAUGCCUUGUGGUGUUUGAGGGCUCCCGGGGAUCUGUUCUUAGAUCGGACAUCUUCUACCUUCGAGGGCCAUAAUUUUUUUACCUUCGAGGCCAUAACCUUCUACCUUCGAGGCCACAAUCUUCUCCCUUCGAGGCCAAAAUCUUUUACCUUCGAGACCGUAAUUUUUUACCUUCGAGGCCAUAAUUUUUUACCUUCGGGGCCAUAUUUUGACAGAAAAUC